GCUUCCUGCUGCGCUUUGCUGCUCUGCCAUGCCGCCCUACACCAUCGUCUACUUCCCGGCCCGAGGGCGCUGUGAGGCCCUGCGCAUGCUACUGGCGGACCAGGGCCAGAGCUGGAAGGAGGAGGUGGUGACCAAAGAGGCUUGGCGGCAGGGCUCACUCAAGGCCUCCUGUCUGUAUGGGCAGCUCCCCAAGUUCCAGGAUGGAGACCUCACCCUGUACCAGUCCAGUGCCAUGCUGCGUCACCUGGGGCGCUCCCUCGGGCUCUAUGGCAAGGACCAGCGGGAGGCGGCGCUGGUGGACAUGGUCAACGAUGGGGUAGAAGACCAUCGCAAGCGCUGUGGCCACCUAAUCCACCAUAACUACGAGGAGGGCAAAGCCCAGUAUGUUCAGGAGCUGCCCGGGCACCUGAAGCCUUUUGAGACCCUGCUGGCCCAGAACCAGGGGGGGCAGGCCUUCAUCGUGGGUGACCAGAUCUCCUUCGCCGACUACAACCUGCUGGACUUGCUGCUGGCCCACCAGGUCCUGGUGCCGGGCUGUCUGGACACCUUCCCCCUGCUGUCCGCCUACGUGGCGCGCCUCAGUGCCCGGCCCAAGCUCAAGGCCUUCCUGGCCUCCCCUGAGCACGUGAACCGCCCCAUCUUUGGCAGCCGCAAGAUAUGAAUCCACUUGGCCUCCCCUGGGAGAGGGGCUGUCCUUGGCAACCAAUACAAAUUGUGAGAGGA